GGAAAGGCGGAGAGGAAGAGAGAGGGCGAGGGAGCCGCCGUCUGGGGCGGUCCGAGCCGUCCCCGCCGCCGCCGCCGCCUCGCACCCUCCAGCUCCCGGGUCCAUUCGCGGCUGGCCGGCCUGCUGCACGCGCCAUGGAGCCGGAGAGGCGCCCGCCGCCGCCGCCGCCGCCGCGCUGCCUGUUGCUGCUGCUGGUCCUGCUGGGGCGCCCCGACGGCGGCGGCAGCAGCAGCGUCGCUCCGCCGGCCGGCGCCUGGAGGCAGCACAUCCGCUGGGAGAACCAGGGCCGCCUCUACAACCUCUUCAACAGCGCCGGCCGGGUCCAGGGGGCCCCCCAGCGCCUCUAUCUCAACGCGGGGACCAAUGGGGCCCCCCGAGGGGGCCCUCCAGCCAGCUCCCCCCGGAUCCUGGAAGCCAGGGGCUUCCCCAGCGGGGGGGGAGAAGGCUCCGGGCUGGGGGUCCCCCUGCAGCAGGGCAGCGGGGCGAGGGGCACCCUAGGGGGCCGGGGGGCACCCCAGGGGCUCAACAUCUCAGGCCCCUUCACCAGGGGGCAGCAGGAGAGCCCCGGCACAGCCCAGGGGGGCGGCCCUCCGGGGGCUGGGCGAGGGGGCUGGCCUGGGGCAGGAGGCAACGAGCUCCAGGGGGUGCCUGUCCCCGAAGAAGGGGGUCUCCAGCGGCCCCCCAGUGCCUUGGCGAGAGACAACCCCCAGAACUCCUUCCAGAACUGGAACAGCAUCUUCCAUGACGUGUAUCCCAGGGCCGGGCAACAGCCCCCGGGGGCCACCACCGCCAACAGGAGGCCGGGCUAUGGGACCAGAUUCUUUCAUCACGGCCUUCCCGAUUUAGUUCCCGAUCCAUAUUUCAUCCAAGCAGGCACCUACAUCCAGCGGGUCCAGCUGUACGCCUUGAAAUGCGCCGCCGAGGAAAACUGCCUUGCGAGGUCUGCCUACCAACCAGGGCUGAGCAGCAUUAGCUACCGGGUCCUGCUCCGUUUUCCACAGCGAGUGAAGAACCAAGGGCUGGCAGAUUUCCUCCCCGCGAAGCCUCCCCACUCUUGGGAGUGGCACAGCUGCCACAACCAUUACCACAGUAUGGACGCCUUUAGCAACUAUGACCUUCUGGAUGCCAUCUCCCAGAAGAAGGUCGCAGAGGGACACAAGGCCAGCUUCUGCCUGGAGGACACGACGUGCGAUGCGGGUGUCCGGCGGCGGUAUGCCUGCACAGCUCACACCCAGGGUCUGGGCCCUGGCUGUUAUGACACGUACGAUGCCCGUAUCGACUGCCAGUGGAUUGACAUUACAGAUGUCCCUCCUGGGAAUUACAUCCUCAAGGUGACAGUCAAUCCGGACUACCUGGUGAGCGAGUCAGACUUCACCAACAACGUGGCCAGGUGCGACAUCGUAUACACGGGGACCCACGCCACCGCAACAAACUGCAGGAUCACCAGCUUCUAAGCGGCAACCCACUGUCAACGGAGCGAGGAUGGAUUGCAUCCCCUUCCUCUAAGUGUAAGGCCUUUGGUCACUUUGACAGCCAAGCUGAACCGACGGAGACGUUUAAGCCUCGCUUCAAAAUUUGCUCAGACGGAUGGCCUCGCCUAUCCUAGAGGCGAGGUGCCAGCCAUAAUAGCACACACACCUUGCUUUGAUGAAACAGCGCGUAGGCAUUUAAGGACCCUGCUGAAUCUGUCAAAUUUGCUCUCUCCGAAACAACCGAAACACAGCCACCCUUUGAAAUUUGCCCUUAUCCUAAUUUUGCUCUGCAGUACUCCAACCAAUGUUUGCUCGUAUAUAUUAGGGGAAAGCAUGCGUGCAAAUGAGCAUGUUUGUGGAAAUAAGGGGGAAAAUGCACGAGACUUUUGGAUACUUACCCUAUCCAUGAAGCGAAUGUUUGGCUUGUCCAUCAUUUGCCAAGAUCACAGAAGCACGACUCGAGCCGUGAGGAGGUUUCUAGGGGAAGAAACAGCUGCAACCGCAGCCCUUGGAAAUGCACUCUUUGCACUUGUGUUCCAUGCACACCCCCAUCACACACAUGCAGCAAACAUGCUAGUCAUCGGUGGCCCAGACAGGUGCGUCAAUGCUGUCGACAAUAGACACACCACAACACACAGACACACAACCAUCUGCUGAAAGCCACACGCCUCCGAAUUUUGCGACGGAGCUGUCCAGCCAAGUCGUCUGUACAUCUGCUGGGCUAAAGCAGUCCAUAAAGCUAUGUCGAUUCGUGAAAGCAACAUGCCAAAAAAACGCACGGCGUUAGGGAAACAGCUUUGACGGCAUGCACGGCGUUAGGGAAACCCUGCUUUGCGAAAAAUGCGUAAAUUAGGUCAAACGGCAUGUGAGAAAUGUGUAUAUUAGGAGAAAUCCGUACUAAAACGCUGAUGAGUUUUCAUGAGAACUUUUUUUAAAAAGAAAAAGCCCUUGUGUGGCACGGGACAGGUGGGGGGGCAAAUGUCACCUCCUCGGCUCGCAUCGCGGCUGUUUGAGGAGUAGGCGGCUGUUUUGGGAAGGGAGCCAGUGGGGCUGUGGUGAAGGCAGAUGAGAGGGCAGCUCCGGACAGAGAACAGCAAGCUUUGUGGGGAGAGGAGUUGCAUGCCAGCCGAUGGCCAAGGGGAAAUGUUUGCCAUUCUUGGCCGGAUUCCUCCAGGCGGGGACACCUUCGCCUGGGGAGCGGUGUCCAGUGGCGAGCUGCUGUUCCAGAUGCUAAACAAACACAAUCACGCCUGGCUGGCGAAGAGAGGGCAAGGGAGGGCUAGGACAAGUUGAUGAAGCUGCCUUCUGCCUUGUUCUCUUAGUGAGGAAUGGGGGAGAAAUGCCAUCCAGGCCGCACUGAAAGGCACGCCUGCCUCAUUCGCAUUCAUCGACCAGUAGAGUUGAAGGGGCCUGUAAGGCCAUCUAGUCCAGCCCCCUGCUCAAUGCAGCAACCCAACUCAAGGCGUCCCCGACAGGUGGCUGUCCAGCUGCCUCUUGAAUGCCUCCAGUGUUGGAGAGCCCUCCACCUCCCUAGGUCAUUGCCGUACUGCUCUAACAGUUAAGUUUUUCCUGAUGUUCAGUUGAAAUCUGGCUUCCUGAAACUUGACCCAUUAUUCCGUAUCCUGCACUCUGGGAUGAUUGAGAAGAGCUUCCUUUAUGGAGUCAAUCCCUCUUUUGUUUGGUCUUCCUCUUUUUCUACUCCCUUCUGCUUUUCCCAGCAAUAAACACCCAUUCUCAUGUGAGUACCUAUGUGGAUGUCCAGAGGGCUUUAUAUUGACUGGCAUGCUUCAUUUUAGAUGGAAGAACCAGUGGCGACUAUUGUCUCAAUGUGAGCUGACAGUGGUUACUGUUAUUUUCUCUCUCUCUUUGUUCA